CCUGGGCAAAACACGAGUCAGGAGCAACAUGGGAGUAGAAAAAAUGGAAAUGGAAGGAGAGGAGUUGAUGGAGAAGAGGAAAAAGGCAGUUCCUAAACCCAAAAAUAAAUAUGAAAGUGUGUUCCAGCCCUGUUUAGCGGAGUUGAUAGGGACUAUGUUUUUUGUUUUUAUUGGUUGUGUUUCUGUUAUUGAGAAUGUCCCGGCCGCUGGGAGACUGCAGCCUGCUUUGGUGCAUGGGUUGGCAGUGGCGGUGUUGGUAGCGAUCAUGGAUAAAAUCAGUGGAUCCCAUUUCAAUCCCCCGUUCACUAUUGCCAUCUACAUGUGUGGGGGCAUGGAGCUGAGUAUGGUGGGGCCGUACCUGGUGAGCCAGCUGAUUGGAGGUGUGAUGGGGGCAGGGAUGGCAAAGGUGAUGACCCCAGCCGACCGCUAUAUGAAUGCCACAGGAGCAGCCUUUGACAUCCUGAGGUCGGACAGCCAGGUCUACAGCGCCCUCUUUGGGGAGGUGUCCAUGACGUGCUUGAUCACUAUGGUGGUGCUGUUAGUAGCUGUCAACGGCAAAACCAAAACUCCCCUGGCUCCGUUCCUGGUGGGCUGCACUGUCAUCAUAAACGUGCUGGCGGGGGGGGAUAUUUCGGGGACAUGUCUCAACCCGGCCAGAGCCUUCGGACCUGCAGUCAUUGCCAAUUACUGGACGUACCACUGGGUGUACUGGGCAGGACCUAUAGGUGGAGGUGUACUGGCAGCCAUCUUACUCAGGCUCAUUCUUGGAGACGAGAAAGUGCGAAUUAUUUUGAAAUCAUAAUGGUCAAUUUUGUGCUUAUUACCUGAAGUGACUUUUAUUUACAUUAUUCUGUAAAUGUUGGUAUAUAAAUUAACUAAACUAUGCAAACUAAUUGGUACUUUGUCUAAAGGGUAAAUUUACAAACAUUGAACCUAAUCAUUUCUAUUAGUGACAAGUCCGCCGUAUCUGUAUUAAAGCAAUAACACAUAAUUAGUU